AUGAACCUCGUUCACUCUGUUGAGAAGCUCGUCCAUCAUAUGGGCAAGAUCAGAUGGCUCAGCCUUGACGAUGAUCUAUCAUUCUUGCUUAGCACUGGAUGGUGUCAUCGUUUGGGACCUCAAACUCCGAACACAUCAGGUCAUUACCAACUCACCCAACUUAAUUCGUCCUGCCUUCUGGAUGCCGCUUCGCACGGACCUGUGGACGAAGGGCUUUGUAUGUGGAAUGGGAGGUGGAGAGCUUCACAUUUUUUGACGCCGCUGAAUACAUUCCAUGAUGUUCUUGUUCUUGACGAUGAAGAAGCCAAGGAACGUAUCUUCAACUAUCUCUUCUAUUGUGAUCAACAACGAUUGUUUGAAAGUCCGGUUCGGUCCGGUUUUUUGAUGCCCAGGGGCGUUAACAGUAACCGUAACCGGUCUGCCUUUUCCCCAGAAGUCAAAAGACCAGACUGGACCGCAAAAAGACCGCAGACCGCAGUUUUUUGCGGUCUAUAG